ACUCGAUCGACCCGUUCCUUUACCUACAUACCGAGCAAGUCCGAUAACAUCCGAGUGUAAUUCGUAAACACCUGAAAUCGACUGCGGAAUCGAAAACACCUUUCAUCCAUAUAUCUGUUAGCAAUGAUUACAUGAGACAUGGGUACUGGAUGCAGCUCAGAUAGAACUACUGUCCAGGAUGGACAGUCACGGUCUAUUCUGAAAACUAAAACAGUUCCAGCAAUGAAAAUAGUAAUUGCUGGUGAUCCAUCAGUGGGAAAGACCAACAUAUUCCUGCGUUAUAUGCGCAAUCAGUUCAGCCCACUCUACAUUCCUACACAGAGGGCUGUCAUUGAGAACCAUGUGAUGAAGGUGAACCUGCCAAGCCAUGCUGUUGUAUCUCUGUCUCUCUGGGACAUUCCUGGAAGGGAGGACAUUGACCUCUACAAGUCCUACUUCAGAGACCUGGAUGCUGCCAUUGUGGUAGUCGAUGUGUCGGAUCCAGAGUCCAUCAUGAUGGCUAAUGUAUGGAAACAGAUUGUCGUGACAAACAUAGAGAAGACAACACCUCCCAGUGAUGGAGACAGGAAACAGGAUGGGACUGGCACACUCGCUGUGGACCCUGUCAAGUUUCCUGUUCUUCUCUUAGGAACCAAAUGUGACAUAGUGGAACAGAGAAUGGAGGCUGAAGGGCAGAGCUUGUAUCCUCAAGGGAAGCGUUUGAAGGACACAGAUUACAGCAAACUAACUUGUGACGAUGUUGAAAUACGCUCUGCCAGGGAGAUUAAGAAGCCAGCCUGUGUAUUGGAGCUGGAGAAGAUGGCGGAGGAACACAACUUUGUGGGCAGUGUGAUGGUGUCAGCCCGUGAUGGCGAUGGCUCUGUCCACACCGCCAUCCAGAGCUUCAUCAGACACAUCCUGGAGGAUCAGUUUAUGGAGCGGAGAUGGAAGUCUCGGACACAGACAGAGGAAGUUCCAGAUAAUAAUGACGAGAAGAAGAUCACCAGGAAGCUGAAAACUAUUGGCAUUGAACAGAUUGACAAGGCUUUUGGGGAAAAGGAACUUGUGAAAAUCUUCGACCGCAUUGACACCCUUAGAAAUCUCAACGACAAGUCUUUCAAGAAGUUUGUGUCCUUGUGUGAAGAUGUAGAGGUCAUAGGUCACGGUGAAGGAAGUAUAGAGAACUGCAUUGUGGGAUUGCGGAAAUACCUGGGUGAAGCAGACUUCAAGUUGCAGCUGGUGGAGAAGGGAGAUGUCUAUCAGAUGAGAGUGAAGCGACUCAGCGAGGACACUCACAUGAGCAAAGCACUGAAAAACAUCCUCACAACAUUCAACAAGGAGUAUGCAGCUUCUGGUGCAGCCAUCCUGAGGGAGUUCCCUCCCUUGGCAGAGCGUUUGGAGCUAGUUGACCAGAAGGUGGCAGUAACUGUAGCCAGCUAUGAGGAGCCAGUGGAACCAGGAGCCCCUACAUCUAGCAUCCGAGAGGAGCUGAAGUCUCGGUCAGCCAAGGUGGAGGAGAAUCGAGCAGUGUUACAGCACUACCAGACCUUGGCAUCUCAGUGUUGUCAGAAUGUCAGCAAUGGGGUCUCGAGAGCAAAAACAGCAUUUAUCUGGUGAAGGGGCAUCUUUCUUCACAGCAAAUCCAGCAUUACUCAAAUCAAAACUCCUGUAGCAAGGAACAUUGCAAAUAUUGACUAUUUUUAAGUGAAGGGACAAUCUUCUUCAGAUAUUAAUUUUAUAUAUAAUUUUCAUGUUUUUAUUUAUAGUGGGAUGGGUGUCAUUGGAAUUGAUUUAGCUGAUCAAACCAAAAUAUAUAUAGGUCAUAUCUUACUCAUUUUAUCAGAUUACAUAUUUGAAAAUUUAUGGUGUCACAUGUGGAAAAGUCAUGACGGAAAUUGUUGACAUUGCCAGCCAUACAAUUGUAGUUUCUGGAACGAUCUGAAGUCUGAAGUAAUUAUGUGAUCAUACUGAAAGUAAAUGAAGCAUGGAAUUAUAGUAUACAUGACCCAAAUGGCAAACAUGCGUUGGCUCAUAGCUUUAACCUGUGAGCUUACGUUUUAGUACCUACUAGCAGCAACUAAUAUUUAUGUUUCUAUACAAUU